AUGCUCUUGCGCACGCGACACUGUACUCAGAACUUCCAAACGCCUUAUCUUGGGUAUAUAAUACACCACCAACCCGGAAUCUCCCAUGGUCAGCUUUGGAGAUCAUUUUCUGCCCAUGCAAAUUUACAGGCUCGUCAACAAGUCCUUCACGGUCUCACGGCAAAACUGACGAGUACUCCGUCCCGUCUCUUCAAACUCAUCCUCCCACUGCCAGCAGUUCAUGAAGAUGGUGAUCAAGAUCGUUCGCUGAGUCCCAAGGAAACCGAACAUUAUGAGAAACAUCCACCGUCCUCGCUUUCAAAACCAUCUACGUCUGUAAACCAUCUAGAUCAAAAGCCAAAACAUUUGGCUCUUUUGAUUCAUCCGAAUCAACCAAUCUCGCAUCUUGCGCAGUUGAUCCAAUCUCAAUUGCCGACUCUUAAGUCAGGCAGAGUCCCCAGUGUAAAUUUCUAUAGACCAUUGGAUACUCCACCUCCAAAAUCCGAGGUCAUUGCACCUUCUGAAGAUGAAGUUGUGAGCUCGGGUGGAGAGGGGGCGCCAAAGUCUGCGCAAGGGAGGGAUGUAGAUGAUGAAGAGGAGAGUCUGGUCCUUUGGUCAGGGAGUACUGAAAUUGGUGAUUUUGUUAGGGAUGCUGCGGUUGGGCAUGAAGAGGAGGAGAUGGGACUUCAGGGUGGGUUUGUCAUUGAUAUCGAGGGCACCGUAGACAAGAGUGGAGUCUGGGUUUCCGUCCCAAGUUUUAACGAUAGAACUGUCUUUCUGAGGAAGAGAUAUAAAUCGAUUACGAAAGAGAUCGAAGGACUAGUUGAGUUAAAAGAGAAAUGCGAUAAACUAGCUCAGAAAACUGCCCAACAUAUGGCUCUCGGUGGUUUUGGAGCAAUGAUCGGUUGGUGGGGCUUGGUAUAUUUUCUCACAUUCAAUACGUCUCUUGGAUGGGAUACUAUGGAGCCAGUAACGUACCUCGCCGGCCUUUCAGGUAUUAUGGCGGGUUAUCUUUGGUUUCUAUACCAUAACCGUGAAGUCUCAUAUCGUUCUGUACUGCACGCUACAAUCUCGCGGCGUCAGCUAGCGUUGUACGAUCAACAUGGGUUUGACAUGGAUAGAUGGCAAGAGCUACUCGAUGAAGGUCGGUCGUUGAGACGAGAGAUUAAAAUAGUCGCAGAAGAGUAUGGUGUUCGGUGGGAUGGAAAAGCGGACUCUGAAUCUUCGGGCGAUUUCGGGGUUGUGAGCCGAGAAAGGAAGAAGCGGGCAGCCAAAGUAGAGGAGGUAUUAAAGAAGGAGGAAGAGAAAACGGAGAACGGGAAGCAUUCAUCAAAGAAAGAAGAUGGAGAUGAUCAUUAA